AUGGCACCCGAGCCUAACACAGCAAGCCUCCUGCCAUCUCUCGGCGUCGGGUUCAGCGUUCUCACUGCCAGCCACUACAGUUUGACGUACGAGGGCUCACGAACCGCAUGUGUAUUUCGACUUCUCAUAGCGCCGGUGGGCCUUUACGCCUUCUACGACUUCUGCUGGAGAAGUUAUGUCGAGCAUGACGGUGCUUUGUGGCCGAGUUCUUACUCAACUAUAUGGACACUCACCGCCAUCGGUGUGGCUCGUAUAGUAGAUGUCUGUGUUCUGUCGCUUCUGGACAUUAGGCCCCCUCAUUACGUCGAACACACUUCUGGAAAUAAUAUCCCACUUCCUACAACCAGCAUCGAAAGAUUGAUUUAUGCCCUGGACUUAACCUCUAGUCUGGAUGGCACUAGCUAUCGUUCCUAUCGUCAUUGGAAUUGGACGUCAUCCAAGUUGGCUGCGUAUCAUGCUCCUCGUUCCCUUACCAGUUCUCGAUUCGUGCUGAAUAGUAUCGUUUCCGCACUUCUCACCUAUCUCCCCUUAGACCUCAUCAGGUCAUAUAUACAUGCUGCGAUCUCUCCCACCCUAAAGGCGAGGUCCUAUGACAAUUACACCCCUGUCACAAUGUUGCUUCCCUUCUGGCAACAAAUCGUUUUGGCAUUAGAAUUUUUUAUGCAUGCCCAAGCGGUCUUCCUCAUACUCCAUACAUCUCUACUCGUUAUCUGCGUCGGAUCUGGCCUCUCGUCUGAUCUAGACAAUUGGCCUCCCCCUUUUGACAACCCUUGGUGGUCCCACUCAUUGCCUCACUUUUGGAGCCAAGCGUGGCACUCCAUGCAUCGGCGGCUGUUUCUACGAUUUGCGUUCCCUUUUGUCUACUUCUUAUUUCCGUCGACACGUCAUCCCACCGUCCAACAGAAGGCUCGCAGACCAAAGUUUCUGCAGAACGGGACAAGCAUCGCACAACAUGAUGGCAAUGAACUGCACGAGGUUGGUAUCACGCAAGAUGGCGAUGACGCCACACGUUGGGAUAAGAAAACCCCGAAGAUUCGUCUUUCCCCCUCUGCCGCCUAUGUGACCAUGAUUCUAUCCUUCAUUGCAUCCGGAAUAUUUCACCUUGGUCUCGUCUUUCGAGUUCGUCUAGCCACUCCUCCAGGGACAAUGCCGAGACCGCAAGCUUCACUCCUGCGUUUCUGGAAGUACGACCUCUCGGCAGCAAAUUUCUUUUUCGCCCAACCGAUCGGAAUCACUUUCGACAUGAUGCUGCUUCGCCCGAUUUUUGGCGCAUCGUCGAUGAUAAGAAGAGUGUUUGCAUGGGUUUGGCUAUUGUAUACGGUGCGAUGGUGGCUGGAUGCGUGGGCUGCGGCAGGUAUGUUGGACGGAGAUGAGCCAUGGCUGCUAGGGAGUCCUGUGACGGCCCUCAUUGGAUUCCUGGGAGUUGACCCACUCAACACUUACACCUGGCAGUGGUGA